AUGUUUGAGGCGGGGUUCUUGCCAUCAGUCGUCGUCUACCUGUCCACCUUCUAUACCCGCAAUGAACUAGCUUCGCGAAUAGGGAUAUUCUAUGCUGCCUCGGUCAUUGCAUUCGCUUUUGGUGGACUGCUAGCCUAUGGAUUGUUCCACAUCCACAACGCAGGCCACUACAGCUGGUCAUUUCUCUUUUUCACCGAAGGAUCUCUGACCAUUCUAUGUGGAAUAUUCCUCGCUCUGGUCAUUCCGAGGACUCUACAAAGCGCGCGGUGGCUUGGACAAGACGAAAAUGCAGCCGCCGAGUCCCGUCUGCUGAAACUAUGGACCGACAAAAUCAACCCGGCAUUCUCGUGGAGUGAGGCCUUCUUGAAGCUGAAGACCUUCUACAUAUAUAUUAGAAGCUUGAUCUCGAUCUCCUUUGGAGUCUUGCUUGCCUCAAACGCCAACUUCCUGGCCAUCAUCACAGUCAGACUCGGAUACUCGACGGUGAAGACAAAUCUGUAUACUGUGGCCCCGGACCGGUUUCCUUCCUUUCUCGAAAGUGAUGAAGCUUGA